AUGUCGGCAGCCCUGCCCACAUUCAUCAAACCCAUCGAGGAGGUCUCGCGCGACGCGGGGCUCUACAUCCUCGUGUACGGCAACGCGGGAGCAGGCAAGACGACGCUCUGCGCGACGACGCCUGACCCCGAGAAGACGCUCGUCUUGAGCGCCGAGCGCGGCACGCUCUCGAUCAAGGACUCGGGCGUCAAGUGCGCCGAGGUCAAGACGCUGGCCGACAUCCGUCGGAUCUUCAAAUACCUCGAGAAAGGGGAGCACCCCUUCGAGUGGGUGUGCCUCGACUCGGUCUCCGAGAUCGCCGAGGUCGUGCUCGAAGAGGAGCUCACCAAGAACCGCGAUGGCCGCAAGGCUUAUGGGGAGAUGGCCACCACGAUGGUCGCGCUCCUCAAGACCUUCCGCGACCUUCGCCUGAACGUCGUCGUGCUCGCGGCCGCGAGAGAGAAGGACGACGAAGGGCGCAUUGUCCUCGCGCCUGACACCCCUGGAAACAAGCUCGCCGAGAAGCUCCCCUACCUCUUUGACGAGGUGUUCUUCCUGCACGUGGGGAGAGGGGAAGACGGCGAGAUCAAGCGCGCGCUGCUGACCAGCAAUGACGGCAAGCGCGUGGCAAAGGAUCGCUCCGAACACGUCGAGUCUGGCGCGCUCGAGAAGGCCAAGGACGGCACCGUGGUCGAGCCCAUCCCAGUGGGCACCUGGGUCGACCUCAAGAUCGACCGCGUCGACGAGAAAGAGACCCAGUCCAACGGGCUUCGCAUCCUCAUCACCUACAAGGUCGAGACCCCCGAGGAGUUCAAGGGGCGCAUGAUCUUCUCGGGCCACAACGUCAUCUGCCCGAGCAGCGAAGACGCCGAGCGGAUCGCGCUCGAGAACCUCGCGCGCAUCUCGAUCGCGUGUGGCCUCGAGGAUGUCGUCGACGACUUGCCAGACCUCAUCGGGCGCACGUGCCGGGCGCAUGUGUACGAGCACGACGAGUGGCAAGGGCGCGUCCGCGAGCAGAUCCGCGACUGGACCACGAGCGAUGUGGAGGCCACGCCGCUCGAGUACGCCGAUGACGAAAUACCCUUCUGA